GACACUUUGCAAGGACACGAGAGAGAGUGCAUGUCUGCGCUCCCACAUUCUCCCGACGCCGCCUCUGAUUGGCUCCUGGGCGUAUAAGAAACCAGUGAAUGAGCAGCUGGCCCUUGCAGAAACUUGCUGGAGGUCUUUGGGUGGUAUCGCUCGUUCAUCCUCGUCAACCUGAGGGCGAGCCCACCCGGCGGAUGAUGAGGUCGUCCUGUGUGGUGCUCACCGCCCUGGUGGCGCUGGCCGCCUAUUAUAUCUACAUCCCCCUGCCCAACUCCGUGUCCGAUCCCUGGAAGCUGAUGCUGCUGGACGCGACUUUCCGGAGCGCACAGCAAUUGAGUAACCUGAUACACUACCUGGGCCUGAGCCAUCAUCUACUCACACUGAAUUUUAUCAUCAUCUCUGUUGGCAAGAAAAGCGCAUGGUCCUCUGCUCAGGUGAAGGUGACUGACACUGACUUUGACGGUGUGGAAGUCAGAGUGUUUGAAGGCCCUCCAAAGCCAGAAGAGCCACUGAAACGCAGUGUUGUUUAUAUCCAUGGAGGAGGCUGGGCCUUGGCAAGCGCAAAAAUCAAAUAUUAUGAUGAAUUGUGUAUGGAAAUGGCUGAGGAAUUGAAUGCUGUCAUUGUCUCUGUUGAAUACAGGCUAGUUCCAAAGGUUUAUUUUCCUGAGCAAAUUCACGACGUUGUACGUGCCACAAAGUAUUUCCUGCAGCCAGAAGUCUUACAGAAGUAUUCAGUUGACCCAGGCAGAAUUGGCAUUUCUGGCGACAGUGCUGGUGGGAAUUUGGCUGCUGUCCUGUGCCAACAGUUUAGUCAAGAUGUCAACCUGAAAAAGAAGCUCAAAGUGCAAGCUUUAAUUUAUCCAGUUCUUCAAGCUUUAGAUUUUAACACACCCUCCUAUCAGCAAAAUGUGAACAUCCCAAUCUUGCCCCGUCACACCAUGGUAAAGUACUGGGUAGAAUACUUCAAAGCCAGCUAUGACUUUGUCCAGGCAAUGGUAGUUAACAAUCACACUUCACUUGAUGAAGAAGAGGCCACUGCUCUCAGGGCCCAUCUAAACUGGACGUCCCUCCUGCCUGCCUCCAUCACAAAGAACUACAAGCCUGUUGUGCAGACCACCGGCGAUGCCAGGAUCCUCCAGGAGAUCCCUCAGCUGCUAGAUGCUCGUUCUGCCCCGCUCAUUGCAGACCAGGAAGUCCUGAAGCAUCUCCCAAAGACCUAUAUUCUGACAUGUGAGCACGAUGUCCUAAGAGACGACGGGAUCAUGUAUGCAAAGCGUUUGGAGAGUGCAGAUGUAGAAGUGACCCUUGAUUAUUUUGAAGAUGGCUUCCAUGGGUGCAUGAUUUUCACCAGGUGGCCCACCAACUUUGCAGUGGGAAUCCGGACUAAGAAUAGUUAUAUCGAGUGGCUGGAUCGAAACCUGUAAAGGAGUAAAAUGCUUGUGCUCUUCUCAACCUCCUGUAUCUGCUUUGGAAAGAUAUGCACUUUUAGUCAACCAAUUUCCCCCUGUUACUUGUGAGUUAUGGAAUCUCUAUUCUCUGCUUUAUGUUAAGUUAAUUUUUUUUAAAAUGCAUUUGAUUAAUGUAAGUGCAAAAAUCUCUAAAUCUGGUUCUCUAAGUGGGCCAGUCUCUCUGUUUUUGUUUUAACCAAACUACUACAAAUACCCAACCGCCACUACAGAAAGCAGGACAAGGAGCUGGAAAUAGCUGUGGGUCUUGCCUUCAUCAAGAAGUUCUUUUUGGAAGAAAUUCUUCCAGCUGUGGAUAUGAUAGUGACCAUUAAUGAGUUAAGAAAAAUGUGGGCUCUUCUUUAACUUGCUGGACUUUACUUUGAGUUCAGAGCACUGUUCAGUUAAAUGUGUAUGCUUCUAGGUCAGUACUGAGUACCAAGCACCCUCUGUCCUUUGUGGAUGGAUGGUUUUGUUUCCUAUGGGAAUUUUAGCAAAGGUAUUCUAGCAAGGACAAUUUUCUCAAAUGACUUUCUUCCUUUAGAGUGUUAAUUUUAUGAGAUAGCUAUCUGUAAGUCCAGUUGGACUGUGAUGAUAAUUGAAAGUUACUUUCUACCAUUAUUAUUAGAAAAUAUAAGGUUGCAUGCACUGGAUAUCUGUACAUUGUUAAGUUUUUUUGGUUGUGCCGUCUCCUUGGAAGAGAACUUUUGGGUCAGAUUUAUUUAAAUUUAGAAUAAAUUUCCCAUUAUAGGACAAAUGAAGACAAAUGAACCAACCUAUGCUUUUCAUAAUGAAUAUUUCUGACAUAAAUUACCAAGAGCAGUGUGUAUAUAUUUGGCACAGUCAGAAAGAAGGUGCAUUUAAUAUUAGUUUAAAAUUAUGAAAACUACCUGUAGAGGGUCCAGUUUGUUCUUGAAAACUCAAGUUUUUCACUUACAUGGCUUUAAAAUGGGGCUAUUUUCAUAUAUAUAAUGUAUUGUUUAUUUUUUAAAGUUAUUUAACGUUAAUACAUGUAGCUAGACUUAAGAUUUUUCAGAAUAAUGUCUAUAAUGAAUAUUUAAAAUAACAUUUUUAAAAAACUACCUUAGGGCUUAAAAAAUUACCUUAGAAUAAUAUGUAUAUGUACUUUUAUGGAAAAAGUAAAAUAGCUAUUAAUACUGCUAUACAUUAGACCUAAAUAUUUUGAUGUUCAUAUGCAUCUACAAAUUAAGAUAAUUAGAAACUAUGACUUUGCCUAGUAAAGUCAUCUGAGUUUAUAGUUUAUAGCUGAAGCAGGACACACGCUGCUCAUUUCUACUCUCUGUAGUUAGAGGGACACUAGUUCAGUCUUCAGAAGAAAGGCAUACGCUGGCUCCUGGCGCCCACACCCUCAUUAUAUCCUUCCACCAAGUCUAGAAGUUCCAAUAGCCCAAGUUUAAUUUGACGUAAAGCCUUCACUGCCAGUGCAAACAUCUUUGGCAUAAUAAGACACUCCGGCUCUGAUGUGAGCUGAGUCCCUCUGCUCUCCUUUCUGCUACUCUCACUUCUCCCCCAAUGCAUGCUAUUUCCAGGGACUGCAGAGAGCAGCAGUCCAGCCAAGUAAUGAUACAAUAAAUUUAUCAGUGAGAAGAAAGUAGAACCUUUCGUUCAUUUGAAAGAUGGGUAUUUCUCACUUCUGUCAUGAAGUAACAAAUGAAAAUUUGCAGUUAUUUUUCAUUUAUUGCAUAAACUAGUAGCAUUUUAUGUACAAAACAGAAGUAAAUGCAACAGUGUAUGUAUGUGUGUGUGCCUGUGUGAAUAUAAAAAUAAUCAUACAAAUUAGUAUGCUAAUGUUCUCAGGCAAGUCAUUUAGCAUCUCUGAGCCUUUUCCUUUUCCUCUAAAAUUAGAGGAUUGAACCACUUGAUCUAUAAAGUCUCUUUCAACUAUAAAUUCCAACCAUUUUUGUCAGACUGGCAAAUUGUAUUGACUCUUCUUCAGUAAAUUUUUUGCAGUUCAUUUAUUCCAUUUACACAGGCAAAUGCAUUAUCAAAGAUUUUUUUUUUUUUUUUCCUAAAAAACUGGGAUUCUUACUCUGUGGUAGUUUUUUAGUUCUAAAAAACUGGGAUUUUAGUUCUUACCCUCCUCAUUUAAUAUUAUUCUUUUUGACAUCUUUGGAAGAACCAAUGCUUGGACCUCAUUUUGAGGUUAUCUACCUCUAAUUAAAGCAAAGAAAAUAUAAUAACUGCAGAGACUUCCUUAAAAUGACAUCCCCCCACCCCCAGAAUUGCAAGCCAAAUCCUAUAGUAAUUUAUAGACAAUAAAUGAUUACAGACCCCUAAAGGGUUUUCUUGGAUGAAAAGUGAGUGAAAGAAAACAGGGGUCAAGCACAGUUUUUUAUUAAAUACUUGAGUUUUAUUAAAACUUUUACAUAUGUGGAUAAUUUGUGUAAUGACUUGCACUGUAUCCUACGUUUGACCUUGCUUGAAGAUCUUCCUUGAAAUUCACCUUAGAAUAAUAACAAUUGUGAAUCAUGAUACA